AUGGAGUAUCGAAGAGGAAAGAAAAAUGUGGUGGCAAAUGCUCUAUCGAAGAAGGAAAAGGUUGGACAAUGCCAAGCAAUUUCUGUGGUAGUCACAAAGUGGAUGAAAGAAGUGACUGGAAGUUAUGAGCAGACACCAUGGGUCAAAGACUUAAUGGCAAGUCUAGCAAUGCAGCCAUCAAGUCUAGUAGUGCAGCCAUCAGGAUCCUCAAGUGCCAUUAACAGGAGCCCUUUCAAAGCAGUAUUUGGUUACAAGCCCUCUCUGAUUCCAGCCCUAUCUAGUGCCACAACCACCAUGGCCACGAUGGAACAGUAUCUCCGGCAAAAGAAGGAAGUUUUGAGAAUAUUCAAGAAGGAAUUGAGUAUAUCUCAGAACCGGAUGAAGCAGCACAUUGAUCAGAGGAGUGAUUGGUCCUUUGAGGUGGGGGAUAGGGUUUUCUUAAGGUUGAAAAGGUUCUUAAAACAACCUUUUACAACCAUACCAUCAUCUAAACUAAGCCCUAAGUACUUCAAUCCUUAUGAGGUCGAGUCAAAGGUUGGGAAGGUGGCCUACAAACUGAGAUUGCCCGAAGGAGUCAACGUGCACCUGGUGUUCCACUUGUCUUUCUUGAAGAAGUCCAUUGAGCCCUAUGCUACUAUCAGUCCAGACCUACCUUUGAAUGAAGAGGAAAAAGGAGUAGUAGAACCCCAAGCUAUUCUAGAUAGAAAGGUAUUACAUCCGGGCUCGGUGACUUUGACUCAAGUGCUAGUUUGGACACAAAAAGACCCCAACCACACAACAUGA